CGUUUCGAGUAAACACAGGAGUCAGACAAGGGUGCUUAUUAUCACCAAUGAUAUUCCUAAUUGUGGUGGACUGGAUUAUGCGUCAGACAGUGGGAAACGAGAAGACAGGGAUAUCCUGGACCGACGUGAAGAACCUAGAAGACCUGGAUUUCGCGGAUGAUUUAUGUUUGAUGUCACACAAAAUCGAAGACUUACAAGCGAAAACCGACAAACUGGUCGAAGAAGCAGCAAAGACAGGACUCCAGGUGAACAUAGACAAGAAGGAGGUUAUGAAAAUAACCAACCAACAACAACAGCAGCAACAUCCAGCGCCAAUCACCAUCAACGGGAAGGAUUUGAAAGAGGUUACUUCAUUCACUUAUCUAGGGAGCAUUGUCUCAACCACAGGAGGAACGGACGAGGAUGUCAAAUCGAGAAUCGGGAAGGCGAGAAACACAUUCAUCAAUCUGAAACCAAUCUGGAAAUCUUCGUCACUCACCAUCAACAACAAAAUUCGGAUUUUCAAUACAAACGUGAAGUCAAUUUUGCUUUACGGAUCAGAAACUUGGCGGGUCACCAAGAAUAUUUUCAACAGGUUGCAGACCUUUAUCAACAACUGUCUUCGCUCCAUACUGAAGAUUAGAUGGCCGGAAAGAAUCACAAACAAGAAGCUAUGGGAACAAACGAAACAGGAACCAAUCGCCCAACAAAUAUGCAGGAGAAAGUGGAGAUGGA